UAACCACAUUUACGACAAUGGCAUCUCGCUGCGGAUUGUAUCUUCAUAUGAUUGAAGUAGAAACGCAUAGGAGCAUAUGUUCAACUUCAUAGUGACUACACGUGGGGUAUCCGCAUCAUUUUCGGAACUACCUGGAAGCGCAAUCGGCGCAUCUCAACCGACACGCAAGUCAACGUCCCUCCACAUAUCGGAGAGAUUGAUAACAAAUGCCAUACCGAUGACUGUGAACACCAUCCGAUAUGCGAUAAGCAACGAGUCGGCGAUUUGCAUCCGGUUAGGCAUCGAUUGUGGAGAUGCAUGUUGCCAAGUCACUAGCAGCUUCGGCAACAGCGUGGUACUGCUUACCAUGAGCGAAAGAGGCAUCUCUAUAUGUCCGGUUAUCUUGGGUAUCAUACCAGCAGGAACCUUAAUACUGCCCAAGUGUAUAAAAGAGUCCUAAUGGCGAUCUGGAAGUUUGCAGGUGUGCCGUUCACAUACGCUCACCAUGGCGGGCCGAAUCAUCUUCUCCGGAUUGCUGACCGCAUCUCUUGCGUCUAUCUCCGCCUUGGCCGCUCCCGUUGUUAAGAGAAAUCCCUACAACUUCAUUCUCGAAAACCCCUACAGUGAUACAAUCUUCGAGCUAGGGAAUGUCUCAUACUUGGCAAAUACCAAGUACCCGAAGGCGAGUGCUGGUUGCGCAACUGCCGGCACAUCUACGUCAAUUCCGAUCACUGUCAUCAAAACCAACGAGACCACUAUCACAAAGGACGUCCUGACGAGCAUCGUAUCGUCGUACCUCGAGGGUGACGACGUCUUCAGCCAUGACUUCCUGGACGGGCUAUAUCUCUCAUCAAGCGUCAAGUCGACCUUGGAUGCUUCUGCCAUGGAAUAUCUAGCAACCCUCAACACGAGCAUGCUUUUCGUAGACUCUUCGGUGACUGCAGAUGCCUCAGCGAACAAGGUCGUACUUCAAUCGCCCGUUGAAAUUCCCGCUGGCCCAUACCUCGCAUCUGUGAAAGACGGCUCCGUAAGCUUUGCGACUGUGUACCGACUUUAUCCAGAUACUUACAGGACGUUCCUCUUUGGCGCCUACGAUGCGAAUGAUGGAGAAAACAACUACAACCCGCUCGGCGUAUUCCUGCCCAAAUUUUGGGACCCUAUGAUUCCUGUCCCUUCACGCAUUUACUACUGGGAUGAUGACAGACCCCUCGCAGGCGAGCGUGUCGCGAUCAAGGACUUGUAUGACCUCAAGGGUCUACAAACCUCUGGUGGCAGUCAAGCAUGGGCUUAUAUCACACCCAUCUCGAACGGCACAGCACCUUCAGUACAGCAGAUUCUCGAUCUCGGAGGUGUCGUAGUCGGCAAACAGAAGCUCGCUCAGUUUGCUUCUGGUGCUAACCCUUGGGAAUGGCAAGAUGAGCACUACCCGUUCAACCCGAGAGGAGAUGGAUGGCUCACGUGCUCAGCUUCUUCAUCUGGUGGUGGCUGCUCCAUCGCCGCGUAUGACUGGCUAGACUACGCCAUUGGAAGCGAUACGGGUUCUUCCAUGAGACGGCCGGCCGCGGUAGCUGGCGUAUACGGCCAACGACCCAGCCAGGGCAUGAUAUCCCUCGAACGAGUCAUUCCCCUAGGAGCCGCAACCGACACCGCCGGCGUCUUCUCCCGCGACCCUUACAAAUGGAUCAAGUUUGCAAAAUCCUGGUACACACCCUCCCUCUACCAAGACGCGUCGAUAACUGGACUAUCCCCCCUCUCCGUCCCAGACACCGACGCAUUUCCCAAAACAAUCUUAUACCCCACCGACUACCUGCCUCUCAACAACUCCGCCGCAGAACCCAUUCUCCAAGACUUCAUAGCAAACAUGUCCCGAAUCUUCAACAUGACAGUCAAAGAGUUCAACUUCACCGCCACCGUACAAAACUUCUCCGACCCCAUCGCCAGCAACUUUACAACCAUGAACGCCGCCACCAACGUGAUAAACACAUGGUCCGCAUGGACCGUCGUCGGAAAACCCCUACUAACAGCCUGGGCCGCCCUCUUCGACGGCCGCUUCCCUCCCAUCGAUCCCGCACGGAGACCGGGAUGGGCAAACUUCAACGAAAGCCGUACAAACCAGACAACUUACGACGCCGCCCUCGUCACCAAGAACAUAGCUGUAGAAUGGUACGAGCGCGAAUUGCAAUACUCGACUCCAGAAUCCUGCUCCGAGUCGGUUAUGCUCUACGACAUUGGCACAGGCGGUCUCCCUUCGUUUCGCGAAAAGGAACUCAAUGACUCGCCGGAUGCGUCGUAUUUAGCUGUUACACCGCCAACGGCGAAGAUAACAGGGGCGGGUAUCUGUCCGAUUUUUGGGUGUGCGGAUUUUACGGUGCCGAUUGGGCAGGUGGCGUAUCAGAGUAAUGUUACGUUCCAUGAGGAAAUGGUCCCUGUGACGAUCAAUCUUGUGGUGAAGCGGGGGUGUGAUUUUGUGCUUUACAACAUGAUUGAGAGGUUGGCUGAUGAGGGGGUGUUGAAGAGUGUUAAGACGGGGAGGACGGCAUUUUGAUGGCAAGGGGAUAGGGGAAUAUGAUGAGAUAUGAAUGAUGCGUGAUGCUGAACUCGCAGAUGAUUGAUGUUAGAUUAAGGGGGUUUUUAGUGCUGCUGUAAUGAUGUCGCCUCUAAUGUCGAAAGGACUAAAGUAUG